CUGUGAGAUGAGAGGAUUUUCUGCUCUUCUCUAGUCCCUUCAGCAAACAUUUUCCUCUAAUUUAUUUCUGUAUUUCAGAAGGAACAUGGAGCAGAUCACUGACUUUCUCUACAGGUAUAAAAACUACAACUUUGCCAUUGGUCCCACCACUGCAGAGUACAUUGAUUCACUCCAGAGUUUUGACAUUCGAAACAGUGACAUUUUCCUCGUCACUUAUCCAAAGUCAGGGACUACAUGGGUUCAGCAGAUCAUCAUCUCCAUCUUUGAGUUGGACGGGAGUCUGACUAAAUAUCCAAACAACUUUGAGCAGAUGCCGUGGCUGGAGUACAAGGUGGAUCCACAAGAUUACGCCCUACGACCCUCUCUACGGCUCUUCGCCUCUCACCUCACCCCGGUUCUCAUGCCUCCGGGACUGAAGGACAAGAAGGCUAAGUUUUAGGAUCAUCCUGGUUCGACCACAUCAGGGUGUGGCAUUCAAAGAGAGACGAGUACGACAUCCUCUUCCUGACCUACGAGGACAUGGUUUUGGACCUGAAGGCGGCAGUUACUAAGAUCUGCAUUUUCUUAGGG